CUGUUUACCUACAGUUGAACAUAUUGAGCAUCUCGAAUCCGAGCUUCAUCAACUGAAUCAUUUAGUUAACGUACAUACUACGAGAAAGUUAUCGAAAUGGGUUCGAAUUCGUUCGUGUUCUUACUUUUCAUUUUAUUUAGCUGCGCAAAUUGUGAUUUUUUGUUACAACCACAGAAUGGACAGAUCGACGGGGGCAAAGUAAGGUUGAAGAAAAGCGAAAAAUUCAAUAAUGCUCUGAAUACGGGACACUACGAAGGAAUUCUACGUUUAAAGAAUGGAAUUAUCAAUGGAACCAUUGGAUACACAAAGAGUGGAAGACAAUACAUGCAGUUUUAUGGAAUUCCGUUUGCAGAACCUCCAGUUGGAGAAUUACGAUUCAAGAAUCCUGUACCAGCUAAACCAUGGAACGGUAUCAGGGAUGCUUCUCAACCACCUCCAAAAUGCAUCCAACCCAAUUAUAGAUCUGGAGGAGGACUGGCCGGACAAGAGGACUGUCUGUACCUGAACGUCUUCGUACCAAAAGAUUUAUUUAUCGCUUCCUCUGGUAAGAUACCAGUAAUGAUCGGUAUUCAUGGAGGAGCAUUUACAACUGGCGCUUGUAUAGAAUACACCCCUGAUUACAUAAUGGAAAGAGACGUUAUAUUUGUAACAACGAAUUACCGAUUGAGUCUUUUAGGGUUCUUCGGUUUGAACAAUGAUCAACUCAGCGGUAAUUUCGGACUGAAAGAUCAAUCUUUGGCCAUCAGAUGGGUGAGCAAAAAUAUCGCUAGAUUUGGAGGCGAUCCUCAAAACGUCACAUUAAUCGGCCAAAGCGCCGGCUCAGCUUCUGUACAUUUACAAAUGUUCUCUCCACUCAGCAAAGGACUGUUUCAAAAAGCAAUCAUGCAAAGCGGCAGCGCAUUUUCUCGUUGGGCUGUUGCAAAUGAAACAACCACGAAGUAUAAAAAUAAGAUAAUUCUACAGAAAACCGGAUGCGACUCAAACGAUACUCUGGAAAUACUCAAGUGUUUGCAAAGCGUACCAGCAGAAGAUCUUACCGCCAUUGGACUCCAAUUCGAUGGUGGUGUAAAACUCGCCCCUAUAGUAGAGUCGAAGGUGAAAAAUCGACCAUUUUUGCCCGUGAAACCUGCUCCUGAUACGUAUCAGACUCGAGUGCCAUGGCUCACUGGGGUAAAUUCCGGAGAAGGUGCAAUGUUCGUGCAAGGAUACUUGAGUAAUGGAACAUGGAUGGCCAAGCAAAUAAAUUCAAACAGAAGGAAGUACAUUCCAAAUCUAAAUCAAUAUGAUAUCACAGCCAAACCCGAGGAUAUCGACACAGUCACUCAAAAAGUUAUCGAUUUUUACUUCGGGGCUGAAAAAAUAGGACUGGAUACAGCGAGCGAGUUGGUCAACAUGAUGACUGAUUCAACCUUCAUGCAGCCUUUUAGAAAAACUGUACAAUCGAGCAAUGAAUCGCAAUACGUCUAUCUUUACGACCAUGAAGGAACUUCCUCGUUUCUGUCGUACAAUAAUUUAACACUUUGCUUGGGUGUCGGCCACGCCCACGAGCUCCCUCUGAUCUACCGUCAGGAAUCCUUUGAAUCCCGAUGGAACUUGCAGGAUAAAAAAGUAUCCAGUAAUCUUUUGAAAUUCUGGAUUAAUUUUGCUAUUUCAGGAGAUCCUAAUAGGCACUGUGUGAAAAAAGUAUGGAAACCAGUGCAAUCUGAGGAUAUUGAAUACUUGCACAUUAAAACCGAUUCUAUGAUAAUGAAAAAGAAUCCUUUUCAGGAAAGGUUUGAAUUUUGGGAAUCAUUGCCAACAGGAUGGAAUUGAUGAAUGCGGUUUUCAAUUUCAAAUAAAUUAUACAGUGGUUU